AUGGCAGAAUCAGAAACUGAUUCAGACGUGCAGAGCAUCCAAGGUCCAAGCUCUCGGUGGAAGAUCUUGAAAAGUAGUGCCUGCGUGCUGCUUCUGGGAGUAUCAGCUGUCGCCGCGGUGUCAAAGUUUGGCCCGAGCAAGGAACCGGAGCCAGAAUACACCUACGCGUCCUUCAAGAGACGAGAGGAAGGGCCUUUGCCGGAGGUGCCCAAAGAGGUUUGGGACGAGGCUCGAUCACAAUUCCGCGUGCGCAUGCGCGAGUUGGAGGAGCACCGGCAACGUGCAGCAGAUCGGCGCGAGCGAGAAGCCGAAAAAGAGGUGGAGAGACGGUUGUGGGCCGAGGCGGUCGCGGAAGCGGAAGCAGAGUACGGCGAGGCCUCUGCACCCGAGAGAGGACUCUUCGACCUCUUCGACCUGCUCCACCAGCAGGACAACAGAGGCGGCCAGGCCGUGCAGGUGGACAACCAAGAAGCCAAGGCACUGAAGGCGCAUCACGACCAGCAUGCGGAGGAAGAAAACACGCCGGCGGAUCCGAACGAUCCGAACGUCAAGAAGAUGAUGCUGCAGGUCGACAAGCUGGCUGGCAAGGUGAAUCCAAACCAAGGCGCAGCUACCUUCAACGCGGACACGGAGGCCAAGAAGGCCGCUAUGGCCGCGAUGCUCAAGAACGUGAGCGUGCCCAAUCGGGCCCUGGUCAAACUUUGCUGGGCGAGCUCCAUCGUGGGCCCCAGUAACCUGGCGUGCCCACUCGGGCCCUGGUAA